AUGCCCGACAUAACGUUCCCCUUCAUUGUUUCCGCCUUCCCCGGUACCGAUCUAUGGAGGAAGCCCCCAUCAACCGAUGACAAGAAUGCUCCGAUAAAGACGCACACCAAAGCCCCUCUCACGAGCCUCCUCUCGGCCACCGUGACCUUCAGCACAGUGUACACCACGCAAUUCGACCAGGCGGGUCUGGUCCUGACAAUUACCAACCCGGUAACGGGGGCCAGAAAAUGGAUCAAGGCGGGCGUUGAGUUCUUCGAUGAUCAGCCGCGACUGUCCAUCGUGUGCUGCGAUAACUGGUCUGAUUGGAGUGUUGCACCCCUGGACGGUAGGGUGAGCGGGGCUGUCAAGCUGGGGGAGAAGGCUGUCACUGUCCGACUCCAGAGGAAUGGGGAGACAGUCUGGGUGUAUUAUAUUGACGACGAGGGCAGAAGGGUGCCUCUCAGGGAGAUUGCCUGGGUGUAUGGCGAUAGCGGUGGUGAGGGCUGGGAAGUCGAGGUUGGUGCCGUGGUGGCUAGACCCAACAAGGACGUUAAGGGAGAGUUGGAGGCUACUUUUCACUCUCUCAACGUUGAGUUACAACAGUAA